CGCUCGCUCGCUCGCCGCGCGGGGCUUCCCUCGGCCCUCCCCGCCCCGCCCCCGGCGCGCGUCACCGCCCGCGCGCGUCCCCAGGGAAGUUUGGCCGCUCUCCGGCACCGUAGCGGCCGCGCCGGGCGGGAACUGCGAACAGGCCGCGGCACGGCCCAGAAUGUGGCCUGAAUGAGUGAGGGGCAUGAAAAAGGCACUGUCAGCACCUGAGGCCAGCUGAGGUGUGCAGCAGACACUCAGCCUCCUGAGCUGCCCCUGCAUUUCCAUGUUUACCCUCUCAGGAUGCCUGAGAGCCAGGGGAAGGAUGGUGAGAGCUACAGCAGCAGCAGCUCCAACACUGGGGACUCAGUGGCUUCCUUUGGACAGUACCAGUACACAGCCAGCGAGUAUCGAGCGAUCCAGCACGCUCUGCGCCAGAGGCUGGGCCCAGACUACAUCAGCAGCCGCCAGGCAGGAGGAGGGCAAAAGGUCUGUUACAUUGAGGGUCACAAGGUCAUCAGUCUGGCCAAUGAAAUGUUUGGCUUCAAUGGCUGGGCUCACUCAGUCACUCAGCAGAAUGUUGACUUUGUUGACCUCAACAAUGGCAGGUUCUACGUGGGCGUCUGUGCUUUUGUGAAAGUUCAGCUUAAGGAUGGGUCAUACCAUGAAGAUGUGGGAUACGGAGUCAGCGAAGGCCUGAAGUCUAAAGCCUUAUCCUUAGAAAAGGCAAGAAAGGAGGCAGUAACAGAUGGACUGAAGAGAGCACUCAAGUGCUUUGGCAAUGCUCUUGGGAACUGCAUCCUGGACAAGGACUACCUGCGAGCCGUGAACAAGCUUCCCCGGCAGGUACCCCCUGAGUUAGACUUGAUCAAAGCUAAAAUGCAGGACUAUGAGCCUGAAAUAGAGCAAGCAAGAUACAGCAGCUAUGUGGAAAGGCAGAAUGCAGCAGGGAGGCAGCAGUGUGAGGUGACACCUGGCUGUAAGCCUGGCCAGACAGAGGCUGCUGUUGUGACAGCAGAUCAGAAACAGCCCAAUGCUCCCAGGUGGGAGAGCAGAAGCACAGACUCCUUGGCCAUGGAGUGUGAUGCCACUUAUCAGAGGAAGCUGCGCCAGAAGCGGCUGCAGCAGCAGUUCCGGGAGCAGAUGGAGAAGAAGCAGCAGGUCCCAGGAGCUACUCCCAGCAGCAAACAGGCAAAAUCCAAUGCUCCUGUGAAGCACAGCACUCCAGCAGAGAUACAACAGGAGCUGGCCAUAGAAGAGGAGUUCUUUGCAGAUGAUCCUGAACUUUGGGACAUUUCCUUGGAGAGCACUGACCUAAAGGUAACGGGUGCCAAAAUCUCAGAGCCCUCUCCAGCGGCACAGCAGGCCCCUGAGACACCCCGCGGCCAGCAGCCGAUGAGCACUCGCUGCAGGACACCCCACAGGGGCAGCCAGCACAGAGCUGCUGCCAGGCUGGCACAGCCGCAGCCCCCUGCUGCAGCCCCCAGCACCAGCUGUGCCCAGCAGCACGCCCCAGGGUGCAGCCCCCUCAGGAGAAGUCAGAGCUUGAAGAAAAGGAGGCUGGAACCUGCGUGAGGCACGCGGUGGGAUCUGUGCCUGUCGUGGAUUACAUCACAAGGCUGCAGCUGCCUUUCCAAAUUGUGUCACAUGGACUCUGCUGUACAUUAGUGAAGCAACAGAGAAGAACUUCAUGUACUCUUAGGUUAUUAUGGAUUUCAGAUGCCUUUUUCUAUAACCACGCCAUUAUUUGUGCUUCUGCAGCACGAGACUUGUGGCCAUAUUACAAGUGGAUAUUACCUGUAAAUUGCCUUAAGCAGUAACAGAAUGGAUUGUUAAAAAUGACAUGCAGUUCACAGCUUGUCUCUCCCUCAGUGCUGCUGCAUUCCAGCACAGAGGCGAGAGAUUUUCCGUACGAGGGGGAGCAGGGGCGUUGUGGCCAGGGGACAGAAGGUACGAGCUGUGGCUGCACACCCGGCCAGGCCGGGGUGGCACUGGCACGCCCGAGGCGCAGCCCUGCCCUUUGCCCCGUGGCUGCACGGCCGGGCCAGAGCCCCUCGCUCCCGUUCUCGGUGUUCCCGAGCCCCUCGCUCCCGUUCCCGGUGUUCCCGAGCCCGUUCCCUGCAGUCCGUG